AUGGACGUCUCUAACGUCCUUAAUGGAGUACUUAAUACAGUUGCGGACGAGAGUAUAAAGAAACCGUAUAGAGAGGUUAAGAACCUAAGGAGUUUACGUAGCAAUGCCGCAUGCCUCCGCGAGGUGAUAGAUCGUGUGAAAGGCAUAGGAGAUGAUAUUAAGACUCUGUUAAGUGGGCCAGGUCGACAGCCUAAGCGAGUCGUGAGGAAUUGGCUCAACACACAGAAGCGAAUCGUCAAAUCUGCUGAAGAGGUGCUUCAACAUCGAAAAGUCCUUAAUUCUCUAGGGAAUAUAGAUAGGCAUCUGAAGACAAAGGAUUCAGAUUUUCCCACGAAUGGAGAGCUGGGGGAGCUUCCAGGGGCGCUGGUACAGCCCGUGGAGAACGAGCUUGUUGGCAAAUUUGUUCACGAGAAGCUGCAGAAGCUGGAGACGUGGCUGCUCAAAGAUGAUUCUGUUCGUGUCGUUGGAGUCUAUGGAAUGCCCGGCGUGGGAAAGACGUCCCUGCUUAAACACAUCAACAAUAAUGAAAAGGGAACCUUCCCAGCUGGUGAGGAUCAGAAUAUGGAUAGCGAGAUUGAGCCCUUGGUCAGAAGCAUUGCAAAGGAAUGUAAAGGACAUCCCCUAGCCAUUAAGACGCUUGCUCGGACAGUGCCGGAUCUUCAGAACAGUACGCCGUCCGAAUGGGUAUAUGUUCUCAAGCAGCUAAAGGCGAUCGAUCCAAAGUUUUAUCGCAUUCAUCGAGAGAUUGUGGAGGAAUUAUUCAAGCGGCUGAAUGACUCUGUGUUGAGCUGGAACACAGUUGAGGAGGUCCUAGAGAGCUUUCUGGAGAAGCUGAAUAUGUUGAAGGUGCUUGAUCUCAGCAACACGCCCAUCAAAUUCUUGCCAAAUUCCAUCCACCAACUGAAGCAUCUCCUCUAUCUGCAGCUUUCAAAUACCCAGAUUAAGGUAAUCCCUCAUCAAACAUUUGAGCUGAGUAGACUGCAGUUUUUAGAUCUUUCUUUCUCCUCUCUAAAGAAUAUUCCUUUCAUGAUAAAAAGGCUGAAAAGUCUCCAAACUCUUAAGUUAGCCCACUGUUAUGAUUUGGAGUUCGUUUCAGGCGACAUAUCACACCUUACUAGUUUGGAAGAGCUUGACUUGUGGAAGUCGACAAUGUUUGGAAAUUCACGGGAUGUAAGAGGAGGAGGAGAAUCAAGGGAGGCCUCAUUGCAAGACGUAUGCAAACUCCAUCGCCUCAAGCAUCUGCGUCUAAUCCUAAAAUCUCAAAUUGAGGAGAAAAGCGUGGGGAAUCUUGUGGAGCUUCAAGAACUUUGGCUACUUUGGAUGCCCGAAGUUCAUCAGACAUAUCUGCCCACUGACGUGCGGGCCAUGCACAGUUUGGAGAGGGCCAUGUGA